AUGGUUACAGAGUUGAUGCAGAGUUUCUCUGAGUUGGGGUUGAUGGAGCAAGCACAGACAGAGCGAGGCUUGCUAGUCACCAUGGUUGCUCAGUCACCUAUAGUGGAGCGUAUCAAAGAGGCUCAGGCUACAGAUCAGCAUCUGCAGUUUUUACGUAGCAGAGUUACCUCAGAACAGCAGACAGAGUUUACCUGUGAUGAUAGUGGAAUUCUGUAUUUUCGCGGCAGAUUAUGUGUCCCUGAGUCACAUCCUGUUCAGGAGGACUUAUUACAGGAAGCACAUCGAUCUAGAUUUGCGAUUCACCCGGGGAGUACUCGCAUGUACAGGGAUCUGAAACGAUCAUACUGGUGGAAUGGUAUGAAGAAGGAUAUUGCGACAUUUGUGGCACAGUGUUUAGUUUGUCAGCAGAUUAAGGCAGAGCAUCAGAGACCCGCUGGUUACCACUCAGCGAUUCAGAUGGCACCAUUCGAGGCAUUAUAUGGCAGAGCAUGUAGAUCUCCUACUUUAUGGGACGAGGUUGGAGAAUCGUCAGUCUUGGGGCCCCAGCGUAUUCAGCGAGAUGCAGAGUUGGUUGGCACCAUCAGACGCAGAAUGUCAGAAGCUCAGGACCGACAGAAAAGCUAUGCAGAUCGGAGACGGAGACCUUUGGAGUUCUCUGUGGGUGAUCAUGUGUUCCUGCGAGUGUCUCCUACUAAGGGAGUUAGGAGAUUUGGAUUGAAAGGGAAGUUAGCUCCUCGUUAUAUCGGACCCUUUCAGAUACUUGAGAGGAUCGGUGAGGUAGCAUAUCGACUGGCGCUGCCUCCUUCACUUGCCGGGGUGCAUGAUGUAUUUCACGUGUCUAUGUUGAGGAAAUAUGUGCCACACCCUACACAUAUUUUGACAGAUGUCUCGAUCACCCUUCAGCCAGAUGUAACGUAUGAGGAGGUUCCAGUGCGGAUAUUAGAUCGCAAGGAACGUCAGCUGCGAAACAAGACAAUCCGAUUGGUCAAGGUUGGUUGGGGGCAUCAUUCAGAUGACGAAGCAACCUGGGAGCUGGAGGAUGAGAUCCGAGCGCAGUACCCACAGUUGUUUGAUGAAGGUAUGUAA